AUGACAACGCCUACGAAAAGAGUGGUACCUAAAACGUCGCAACCAACAGUACCGGCAACAAAAAGAACCGCUGCUAUCCCCACCACUCAACCAUUUUAUUCCGAUUGGACUGCCUGGUCGUGCACCGAAAGUUGCGGUGGUUGCGGGAUUGAGCGCAGAACAAGAAAGUGCUUGUCGAUUCCCACAUCUUGCACCGAGGAAACAGAGGAAUUCAAUGAUCAGAACUGCAACCAACAUCCAUGUCCAUUUGGCAAGAGAACUUGCUGUGUCAAUUACCGCCUUGAACAAAUGAAAGAACGUUUUGUUUGCAUACCAUAA